CCUUACACCAUCAUCUUCAUCAUAAUCACAUUGUGUCAUUACUAUAUAUUGCAACCUAUCCAUUUCUUGAGGCUCCCAGCAGAAAAUGCAUUCAAAGCUUUUCACCAAAUCCAUGAUUUUCAAAAAGUGAACUACCUGCUGGAGCUUUUGAAAGCAAAGGAUAAGCAAAAAGAUUAGUGCUUUAACACCCAUUCCUCCAAUUCUUCUUUUAAAAGUGAGAUUUUCACCCCUUCCUCCUUUAUUUUUUUAUCCAUGCAGGUGUUUAUAUCUUGUUCUUUUUGUUUUUUUGGAUACCUGUCCUAAACUUGGAAUUACUUUUUCAAGAAUUCAACUUGCUAAUCAAAUUUGGCUUUGAUACAACCCUUAUUCUGACUUUCUUGAAUACUUGUUUAUUUUGUAAUGUUAAAGAAAGUGUGUUUUUACUUUUUUUAUCUUGUCAAAAGCUUCAACUUAAAAUGAUGAAGAAAUCAGUGUCAGACAACAACUUCUACAUAGACAAUGAGGAAGAGGUGAGAGAGGAGGGGAAAUGUGAAGAUGGCAAUGAAUCUGAUGUUUCUUCAAAUUACUCCAAUGACAAUGAGGUUUAUGAGCACCACCAUAGCAAACCCAAUUCCUUCAACAAUGCUUGGCCUCAAAGUUACAGGCAAUCAAUGGAUCUUUACAGCAGUAUACCAUCUCCAAGUCUUAACCUUCUGGGGACACCCAUUAGGAGCAUAACAAGCUCAUUUCUUCUUUCUUCUUCAUCACUCUCAAGGAGGCACACACCUGAGACAUUGCCUUCAUCAGUUCAUAAACAACCACUUUUACCAUCAAAAGAACAUCGUCAUCAUCAUAAUCAUGACCAGAAGCCAGGGCACAGUUCUUCACAAGCUUUCCUCCCCCCUCUUACACCAUCCGAGGCUUCUUCUUUCCUACAGAGGGGCGCAUCAGAAGCCAAACACUCUACAGAAGUUCCCAUUUCUCUGCAGAAGAGCACGUAUGGACAAGCAGUACUCAACGGUAUGAAUGUUUUAUGUGGAGUAGGAAUCCUUUCGACUCCUUAUGCUGUUAGACAAGGCGGGUGGAGUGGGCUUUCUGUACUAUUUCUCUUUGCUGUAAUUUCGUACUAUACUGGCAUUCUUCUUCGUCACUGCUUGGACAGCCAACCGGGACUGGAGACUUAUCCUGAUAUUGGACACGCUGCAUUUGGUCCCACCGGACGGAUACUUCUUUCUAUUUUUUUGUAUGUAGAGUUAUAUGCAUGUUGUAUCGAAUAUAUAAUAUUGGAAGCCGAUAACUUGUCAUCUUUAUUUCCAAAUGCAUAUUUGAGUUUAGGAGGAGUACGUUUAGAUGCACACCACCUUUUCGCGUUGAUAACAGCGGUUGUAGUUCUCCCUACUAUGUUUCUCCGGGAUCUCACCCUCCUUAGUUAUAUCUCAGCCGGGGGAGUGGUGGCAUCUGUGUUGGUAGUUUCAUGCCUGUAUUGGGUUGGUUUGGUGGAUCAUGUCGGCUUUGAAAGCAAACCAACAUCAAUGAAUCUCUCCACAUUUCCAGUUGCCAUAGGUCUGUAUGGUUAUUGUUACCAAGGGCAUGCUGUUCUUCCCAACAUAUAUGCAUCUAUGCAAAAACGGAACCAAUUUCCCGCUGUCCUCUUAACCAGCUUUGGCAUAGUGACCUUGAUGUACAUUGCAACGGCUGUGAUGGGCUAUAUGAUGUUUGGAGAUUCAGCAGAAUCACAGUUCACUCUAAACAUGCCUACUGAAUUAGUUGCCUCCAAAGUAGCUGUUUGGGCAACGGUUGUUAAUCCAUUAACAAAAUAUGCACUGACCAUGUUGCCAGUGGCUAUGAGUCUAGAGGAACUGACCCCAUCUGGCCAAACCAAAUCCCAUUUGUAUUCAAUCUUUAUUAGAACGGCGUUGGUGAUAUCUACCUUGAUCAUCGGUCUAUUGAUCCCGUUUUUCGGCCUAGUCAUGUCCCUCAUUGGAUCUUUACUUACAAUGCUAGUUACUUUAAUAUUUCCUUGUGCUUGCUAUAUGAGUAUUGCCAAGGGGAAAAUUGGCUAUGUUCAGGCAUCAGCUUGUGUAUUUAUAAUUGGAGUAGGUGUUGUAUUUGCAGUUUUUGGAACCUAUUCUGCCAUUUCUGGAAUCAAUCAGAGUUUGAGAAGUUGAGCUGAUGACUGUAUGGUCAAUGUUUUAAUAUAUUCUAAUGGAUUCCUAUUUUUCGUUUUAAUUUAAGUUAUUCUGUUAAUGUUUACUUCAAAUCUUUUCCAACCGUUGUUGCACUUUUUGCCCAAGAGUCCUCAGUGAUUUCUUGUUUUUUUUCUCCCAUUAAAUGUUUGUAAAAGUAAUCUCCCUAAGUAACAUUUUAACCUUUUUACUAAUCGGGGCCUAGCUCACCCGUAUGAAGGGAUGCCACAAAGAAGAGAUCUCGGGUUCAAUUUCAAGCAAAGACUUGGAAUUAAAUUCAACUCUCUUUCAAUUAAUGUAUGAUCAAAGCUCAAUUUACAUUCUCCCAAUAACUAUCCAAUCGAUUCUGGAGCCUCAGGAUAGGGUGUCAUCCUUUUUAACCUAUUUAACCCUUUUACUUGCAGUUUUUUAACCCUUUUACUAGGAGUUUGUACAUACAAUGGAUAGGCAAAUUAGGUGCAAAUAUUAAAACAUUGUGAAAUGGAGUUUUUUUAAGCCUUUUUUUAACCUAUGUUUAUGUCUACAAAAUCAUUAUAUACUCACACUUUGCAUUCCAUUUUUUAGUGACAUUUGAUUUUACAAUCUAUUUUCAAAACCAUUAAUGUAUACUCCUGAUUUCACCAUAUACUCAUUUGACUCUGCAAUCCACUUUUUCACAAAUUUUGAACAAAUUAGGUGCAAAUAUUAAUGAUUGUGAAAUGAGAUUCAAAAUUGAAUAUAUAGCUCAAAACAUUGUGAAAGUGCAGUUGUGUUUAAGAGUAACCACAAUUACUUCAAAAAUAAUUGACUUAAAUAGGAGUAAGAAUAGAACUUUUCCCUAAAUAGAUGUUCAGUUGUUCACUACUAAUCUUCUCCAAAUAUCAGUGAACAUACAUUUUCUU